AUGAGCAAGCCAGGCCUGUCGUUCGGUCUCAAUGUGGCCAAGAAGCCUGGCGCCUCAAAGCCCGCUCCGCCGAAGCGGAAACCACUGUUCGGCGGCGAGGACGAUUCGGACGACGACGCGACUGGUCCACGCAACGGCCCCCGGGCUACCGCGAUAUCAGAGCUCGACGACGACUUCUCGACAAGACCACCGGGCGCGCCAACGAGCAAGAAACCCCCCUUCAAUUUGAAAAAUGGCCCGCCCAACCAGCCACCGACCAGCAAAUCCAAGAAGUCACAGAUGUCGAUGUACGGAGACCUGUCAAGCUCUCUAGAGUCGCGCAAACACCGAGAAGCCGCAGAAGUGCUGGAUCCCUCCAUAUACGAUUACGACGCGGUCUACGACUCCCUAAAGCCGGAGAAGAAAGUCACACAAGAGGACGUCGAGCGCAAACCCAAGUACAUGAAGAACCUGCUGGCUUCGGCCGCGGUACGGAAGCGCGACGCGCUGAUCGCCGAGGAGAAGAAGAUCGCGCGCGAGCGGGAGGAGGAGGGCGAGGAGUACGCGGACAAGGAGAAGUUCGUCACGGAGGCCUACAAGAAGCAGCAGGAGGAGAACCGGUGCAUCGAGGAGGAGGAGCGCCUGCGGGAAGAAGCCGAGGCGAAGAAGAACAAGGGCGGCGGCAUGACUGCGUUCUACAAGGAUCUUCUGGAGAGGGGCGAGCAGCGGCAUGCUGAGGUCGUGAAGGCUGCAGACGAACGCGCCAAGGCUGGACCUGGACCGAAGGGUGAGGAGGACGCGAAAGAGGAGGCGUCAAAGACGGAUGCGGACGUGGCGCGAGAAAUCAAUCAGAAGGGGGGCUCCAUCACCAUCAACGACGACGGCCAGGUCGUGGACAAGCGCGAGCUGCUGAAGGGCGGUCUCAAUCUCGGCGCGAAGAAGAAGUCAGACCCGUCCAGAGACACGAGGAGAGAGCCGGAUCGUCAAAAUGACCGGGACCCGUCUCGCGGAUUCGUUGGCGCGGGCGGUGGCAAGCCGGCUAUGCGCGAGAGACAAUCGCGCAUGAUGGAGGCGCAAUUGGAACAGUCCCUGAAGAGGUCUUUGGAAGAAGAAGAGGAGGAGAGGCAGAAGGUCGAACGCGCGAGCAAGAGCCGCAAGACCGAGGCGGAUGUCUCGAGUGCCAAGGAGAGAUACCUGGCGCGUAAACGCGAGGCGGAAGAGGCUAAGAAAGGUCUGGACUGA